GACGUGGACGUGGACCUGGACGUGGACUGGUCGUGGACUUGGACGUGGACGUGGACAUGGUCGUGGACGUGGACGUGGACCUGGACGUGGACGUGGACUUGGACGUGGACGUGGACGUGGACGUGGUCGUGGACGUGGACGUGGUCGUGGUCGUGGACAUGGACGUGGACGUGGACGUGGACGUGUACCUGGACGUAGACGUGGACUUGGACGUGGACUUGGACUUGGACGUGGACGUGGACGUGGUCGUGGACGUGGACGUUGACGUGGUCGUGGACGUGGACGUGGACGUGGACUUGGACGUGGACGUGGACGUGGAUGUGGACGUGGACGUGGUCGACAUGGACGUGGUCGUGGACGUGGACGUGGACGUGGACGUGGACGUGGUCGUGGACGUGGACGUGGACGUGGACGUGGACAUGGACGUGGUCGUGGAUGUGGACGUGGACGUGGACGUGGUCGUGGACCUGGACGUGGUGGUGGACGUGGACGUGGACGUGGACGUGGACGUGGUCGUCGACGUGUACAUGGACGUGGACGUGGUCGUGGACGUGGACGUGGACGUGGACGUGGUCGUGGACGUGGACGUGGACGUGGACCUGGACCUGGACGUGGACGUGGACUUGGACGUGGACGUGGACUUGGACGUGGACGUGGACGUGGACGUGGUCGUGGACGUAGACGUGGACGUGGACCUGGACGUGCACGUGGACGUGGACGUCGACGAUCAAUGGGGGAUCACCAGUGGACCUCUGACAGACGUGGACGUGGUCGUGGACGUGGACGUGGACGUGGACCUGGACGUGGACGUGGACGCGGACGUGGACCUGGACGAGGACGUGGACGUGGACGUGGACGUGGACGUGGUCGUGGACGUGGACGUGGACGUGGACGUGGACGUGGACGUGAUCGUGGACGUGGACGUGGACGUGGACGUGGACGUGGUCGUGGAUGUAAACGUGGACGUGGACGUGGUCGUGGACGUGGACGUGGACGUGGACAUGGACGUGGACGUGGACGUGGACAUGGACGUGGACGUGGACUUGGACUUGGACGAGGACGUGGACGUGGACGUGGACGUGGUCGUGGACGUGGACGUGGUCGUGGACAUGGACGUGGACGUGGACGUGGACUUGGACGUGGACGUAGACUUGGACGUGGAUGUGGACGUGGACGUGGACGUGGACGUGGACGUGGUCGUGGACGUGGACGUGGACGUGGUCGUGGACGAGGACGUGGACGUGGUCGUGGACGUGGACGUCAACGUGGUCGUGGACGUAGACUUGGUCGUGGACGUGGACGUGGACGUGGACGUGGUCGUGGACGUGGACGUGGUCGUGGACGUGGACGUGGUCGUGGACGUGGACGUGGUCGUGGACGAGGACGUGGACGUGGACGUGGACGUGGACGUCGACGUCGACGUGGACAUGGACGUGGACGUGGACGUGGUCAUGGACGUAAACGUGGACGUGGUUGUGGACGUGGACGUGGACAUGGAAGUGGACGUGGACGUGGUCGUGGACGUGGGCGUGGACGUGGACAUGGACGUGGACGUGGACGUGGGCGUGGACGUGGACGUGGACGUGGAGGUGGAUAUGAACGUGGACGUGGAGGACUUGGACGUGGACGUGGACGUGGACGUGGACGUGGACGUGGUCGUGGACGUGGACGUGGAGGUGGAUAUGGACGUGGACGUGGAGGACUUGGACGUGGACUUGGACGUGGACGUGGACGUGGACGGGGACGUGGACGUGGACGUGGACGUGGUCGUGGACGUGGAGGUGGAUAUGGACAUGGACGUGGAGGACUUGGACGUGGACUUGGACGUGGACGUGGACGUGGACGUGGACGUGGACGUGGACGUGGACGUGGUCGUGGACGUGGACGUGGUCGUGGACGUGGUCGUGGACGUGGACGUUGACGUGGUUGUGGACGUGGACGUGGAUGUGGACUUGGACGUGGACGUGGACGUGGACGUUGACGUGGUCGUGGACGUGGACGUGGACGUGGACGUGGACAUGGACGUGGAGGUGGAGGGUGAACCCUAA